UCCCUGGGCGCUGGCAGGGCGGGGGGCUGGGAGCCCGGACGCCUGGGUUCCUUGGGCGCUGGCAGGGCGUUCCUCCCACGCCCCCAGGGGGAAGCAGACUCAUCGCUUUGCGUGGGACGGUUUCGGUUUCCCCGAGGACGAGGAACCGGCCCCCGCCCGCACAGAUGACAAGUGACCUGCCCUCAGCCCUCCCUGGCACCGCCCCAAAGAGCUCACACAGCACCCGGGAGCAGCUAAGGAAAUAUCUACCAGCCGAGCUAUCUGCACACAACAGAGGGGAAACCGAGGCACACAGCCACAGAGAGGCUUAACUGCAGUCACUUGGCGGCCAUGCUGGCCCCCCAAGAUUUCCAAACCUUCGUCUUCUUUGACCUGGAGACCACUGGCCUGCCCCGGGACCGCCCCCGCAUCACGGAGCUGUCUCUCUUCUCCCUGCACCGCCGCUCCCUCCUGCAGCGUCCCCCGCAGGACGCACCCACCGGUGCCCCCUGGCUGCCCCGUGUCCUGGACCAGCUGACCCUGUGCAUCGACCCCCAACAGCCCUUCACCCCGGAAGCCGCCUGCAUCACGGGGCUGAGCCAGCAGGACCUGGAGGAGAAUGGGAAGCGGGGCCUGGACCAGGCCGUGGCUCAGGCCCUGGAGGGGUUCCUAGCCCGCCAAGCCCCCCCGCUCUGCCUGGUGGCCCACAACGGCUUCAGCUAUGACUUCCCCCUGCUGCGGACGGAGCUGGCCCGCGUGGGGGUUGAGCUGCCCCCUGCCACCGGCUGCCUGGACACCCUGCAGGCCAUGAAGAAGCUGGGCCUGGGGGGCGAGGGGGGGUACAGCCUAGGGGCGCUCUUCCAGGGGCUCUUCGGGAGGGACCCCGACAGAGCGCACUCGGCCGAGGGAGAUGUCCGCACCCUGAUCGCCAUCUUCCUCACCAAGGCGCCACAGCUGAUAGGCUGGGCGGUGAGGAAUGCCCGGGACUGGGGGGAUGUGACCCCCAUGUACCUCCCCACCAUGCAAUGAGCAUCCUGCGCUGGGAGGGGAGUGGGGUUGGAGCCUGGACUCCUGGGUUCUCUCCCCGGCUCUAGGA